AUGACUGACAUCUCUGAUAUCAAUGUCGAUUCUAUCAUAGAGCGUCUCCUGGAAGUUCGGGGGAGCCGUCCGGGAAAGCAAGUUCAGCUCAGCGAGAACGAAAUUAGAUUCUUGUGUACAAAGGCACGCGAGAUCUUCAUGAGCCAGCCAAUCUUGCUGGAUCUGGAGGCCCCUAUUAAAAUUUGUGGUGACAUCCACGGUCAGUACUACGAUCUUUUGAGACUGUUUGAAUAUGGUGGAUUUCCUCCAGAGGCAAACUAUCUCUUCUUGGGAGAUUAUGUCGAUCGAGGAAAACAGUCUCUCGAAACCAUCUGUCUCUUGUUGGCCUACAAGAUCAAAUACCCAGAGAACUUCUUCAUUCUUCGUGGUAACCACGAGUGUGCAAGUAUCAACCGAAUCUACGGCUUCUACGACGAAUGCAAGAGACGAUACAACAUCAAACUUUGGAAGAUUUUCACUGACUGUUUCAAUUGUCUUCCUAUUGCCGCCCUUAUCGAUGAAAAGAUCUUCUGUAUGCAUGGUGGUCUUUCACCAGAUCUUCAGAACAUGGAGCAGAUUCGUCGUGUGAUGAGACCUACAGAUGUCCCUGACACUGGUUUGCUCUGCGAUCUUCUUUGGUCCGAUCCUGAUAAAGAUAUUUCUGGAUGGAGUGAAAAUGACAGAGGUGUCUCGUUUACCUUUGGCCCUGACACGGUUACCAGAUUCUUGCAGAAACACGAUAUGGAUCUAAUCUGCCGUGCCCAUCAGGUAGUCGAGGAUGGUUAUGAGUUCUUUGCAAAGCGGCAAUUGGUUACCUUGUUCUCGGCCCCCAAUUAUUGUGGUGAAUUCGACAAUGCUGGUGCCAUGAUGAGUGUAGACGAGUCUUUGAUGUGUUCAUUCCAGAUCCUCAAACCCGCGGAAAAGAGACAAAAGCUUCCAUACGGUGGUGUUGGUAGUCAAAAGGGUGGACAAAAGGGAAAGAAGAAGUAG